AUGGACGAAGAUCCAAAGGAAGCCAAGAAAAAAUAUGCUAAUAGAGAAAGUGAGGUCAGCAUCUUUGCCAAUCCAGCGGUAUGGAGUGAGCAAGCAGAAGCACUGUACGCGAGGGGAGAGCCUCAACAACCCGGAACCCAUUCUGAAGCGGUUGGAGAUACAACCAAAAGUGAUGGUUCUGUCUUCAGUUUGAGCACCUUUAGUGACAUCAGCAACUCGUUAAAAUAUGCAAUGGGUUUUUCGGACCCUUACGGUGAUGACAGUUAUCUCCAGCAAGAAUCAAGUAUUGAGGGGCAAGAAUCCAAAAUUGAUCCUAAUAACACGUCUGAGUCCAUCGAACAAAAGCCAAAGCCAAACCAAAAGCAAAAGAAGCACGAUAACUCUCAAGAGAAACGAGAUCUGCAAACUUAUUUCGACCAGCAGAAUGAUCAGGAUAGCCAUGACAGAAAGCAUCGUAACAAACAGAAAAAUCACCAAAACAGUCAUCUGAAGCAUCAGCAGCACAGGAGCAAUCGUAUUGUUCACCAAAAGACACAAUACAAAAAUGAGCCACCAAGGACUCCACAACGCACCAAACAAGAAGAAGAGCAGUAUGCCAAACGAAAUGAAGCCAUUCAUACUAUGACGCCUAAGACGGAAGCAUCCAACAGUGAAAGUACCGCCCUUAUGGCGGCUCCAAUAGACGAGAGGUGCUGUGGUAUCUUCCGACGGGCCUUUGAAGAGGAAAAUGUCUUUCGACGGCUGAUACAUACGUCCGUCGCCAUGCUCAUCAUCUUUUCAAUCCUCUCCAUCUAUGUGAUUAUCCGAUCUUCCGAGGCCAACCAAGCCAGGGCGGCUCUGGUGCCAAGUCCGACGACCCUUUCGCCUCAGUUGCCGACCAUGAUUCGACUACCGUCCAGUUCUCCGGGGAUUCGGCUAUCCCAAGAGACACCUGCUCCAUCCAAGUGGGUCCCAACCGUGGCACCCACUCGUCUGACAGCAACAUCAUUAAGAGAGACUGUCUUGCAAGCAUUUCCCGAAGCCAUUACUGCAAUUGACGAUCCCUCUUCGGCCCAAUCCCGAGCACUCGCUUGGUUGACUUCGGACGAUUCCAUGGAUGCCUUCUUUGUGACGGAAAAAUUGAUUCAGAGAUGGGCAAUGGCCGUUCUAUAUUACAGUACGAAUGGUGAAGAAUGGAGAACUCAAGACAAGUGGUUGACGAAUCAUGACGAAUGUGAAUGGCACACUGCUGAUCCUUACACUUCUGUUUGCAACGACGAUGGGUUGGUGUCUAGUCUUCACUUGCGAAACAAUGGCUUGAGGGGCACGCUGCCCGAUGAAUUGACAUUGCUUUCCAAUUCUCUUGAAUUCUUGUACCUGAACGACGGAAUGCUAGAAGGAACUAUCCCAGCUUCCUAUGGCAAGCUCUCGAACCUAAAACGCUUUUACCUUCAAGUCAAUCAACUCAGCGGUUCGAUUCCUGGUGAAAUCAGCGGUAUGGAAAUUCUAGAAAAUCUUGCGCUUGGGCGGAACCAAUUGAGCGGAACGAUUCCAACUCUUUUGCAGUCCAUGGAUGAAUUGAGACUCAUUGACAUGAGCUCUAAUCAAAUCGGAGGAUCCCUCCCGACCGUGUUGGGCAAUCUUCCUAAUUUAGCUUCGUUCUUGGUAAAUGAAAACAGGCUGACGGGAACGAUACCGAGUGAAUUUGGAGACCUUGCCGCCCUCACCACUCUUUUGGUCCAAGACAACCGUCUAACUGGAGCGAUGCCACGGCAAGUGUGCGAGAUGCGAAACACCAAGACAUUCUUUUGGGUGAUAGUGGAUUGCAAUGCAGUCACUUGUAUCGAAGAAUGCAGAUGUCAAUGUAGUUAG